AUGGGAGCCAUGGCUUAUCCCUUACUCUUCUGCUUCCUGCUCGCUCCUCUGGGACCGGGAGCUGUGGGCGCCAGCCGCGACCCUGCGGGGCGGCCGGGCUUCCCUCGGGAGAGGACCCUGAGGGCGAAGCAGCACGCCCCGCAGCCGGCUCGAGCCUCAGCCUCGGACCCCUGGGCUCCUUGGAGCCGCUCCACCGACGGCACCAUCUUGGCGCAGAAACUGGCCGAGGAGGUGCCCACGGACGUGGCCUCUUACCUCUACACCGGGGACUCCCACCUUCUGAAGCGAGCCAACUGCUCCGGCCGCUACGAGUUGGCGGGCCUGCCGGGGAAGUCGCCCGCCUUAGCCAGCUCCCAUCCUUCUUUGCACGGGGCGCUGGACACGCUGACACACGCCACCAACUUCCUCAACAUGAUGCUGCAGAGCAAUAAGUCGCGGGAGCAGAACUUGCAGGACGACCUGGAGUGGUACCGGGCGCUGGUGCGGAGCCUCCUGGAGGGCGAGCCCAGCAUCGCGCGCGCGGCCCUCACCUUCAGCACCCAGUCGCUGUCCGCGCCCGCGGCCGCCCCGCAGGUCUUCCUCCAGGCCACGCGCGAGGAGAGUCGCGUGCUGCUCCAGGACCUGUCGUCCUCGGCUCACCACCUGGCCAACGCCACGCUGGAGACCGAGUGGUUCCACGGCUUCCGGCGCAAGUGGCGGACCCAAGUACACCGCCGCGGCUCCCACCAGGGGCCCCGGGGCCUGGGCCACAGCUGGCGGCGGCGGGACGGGCUCGGCGGGGACAGGAGCCCCGUCCGGUGGUCCCCGCCUUAUCUGGAGUGCGAGAACGGGAGUUACAAGCCGGGGUGGCUGGUCACUCUCUCCGCUGCUUUCUACGGGUUGCAGCCUAACUUGCUUCCCGAGCUGAGGGGUGUCAUGAAAGUGGACAUAAAUCUUCAGAAAGUGGACAUUGACCAAUGUUCGAGUGAUGGCUGGUUUUCAGGAACUCACAAAUGUCAUCUCAACAAUUCAGAGUGUAUGCCGAUUAAAGGCCUUGGAUUUGUGCUUGGAGCCUAUCAGUGCAUUUGCAAAGCAGGAUUCUAUCAUCCUCGAGUCUUCUCAGAGAACAACUUUCAGGGAAGGGGUCCGGAUCUCCACUUUGCAGAAAGCGCAAAAGCUGUGUCAGAAGAAACCCGCGUCUGCCUGCCCUGCAGGGAGGGCUGCCCCUACUGUGCUGAUGACAGCCCCUGCUUCGUCCAGGAGGACCAGUAUUUGCGGCUCGCUAUCAUCUCCUUCCAAGCCCUGUGUAUGCUGCUGGACUUCGUUAGCAUGCUGGUGGUCUACCACUUUCGCAAAGCAAAGAGCAUCAGGGCAUCAGGCCUUAUCCUGUUGGAAACGAUCCUUUUUGGGUCUUUGCUUCUAUACUUUCCGGUUGUUAUUUUAUACUUUGAGCCAAGCACAUUUCGCUGUAUUCUCCUAAGAUGGGUGCGUCUUCUCGGUUUUGCUACUGUGUAUGGAACUGUCACUCUCAAGCUUCACAGGGUUUUGAAAGUGUUUCUUUCACGAACAGCCCAACGGAUUCCAUAUAUGACUGGCGGACGGGUUAUGAGGAUGCUGGCAGUAAUACUCCUGGUAGUAUUUUGGUUUCUUGUUGGCUGGACUUCGUCUGUUUGCCAGCAAUUGGAGAGGCAGAUUUCACUUAUUGGCCAAGGGCAAACCUCUGAUCACCUCAUCUUCAACAUGUGCCUCACUGAGCGCUGGGAUUACAUGACAGCAAUUGCUGAAUUUUUAUUCCUCUUGUGGGGUGUUUAUCUCUGCUAUGCAGUGCGGACAGUCCCAUCAGCAUUUCAUGAGCCACGCUACAUGGCUGUUGCAGUUCACAAUGAGCUGAUUAUCUCUGCUAUAUUCCAUACAAUUAGAUUUGUUCUUGCCUCAAGGCUUCAGUCUGAUUGGAUGCUGAUGCUGUAUUUUGCACACACUCAUUUGACUGUGACAGUCACCAUUGGGUUGCUUUUGAUUCCAAAGUUUUCACAUUCAAGCAAUAACCCACGAGAUGACAUUGCUACAGAAGCUUAUGAGGAUGAGCUGGACAUGGGCCGGUCUGGAUCCUACCUGAACAGCAGCAUCAACUCAGCGUGGAGUGAGCACAGCUUGGAUCCAGAGGACAUCCGGGAUGAGCUGAAGAAACUCUACACCCAGCUGGAAAUAUAUAAAAGGAAGAAGAUGAUCACGAAUAACCCCCACCUCCAGAAAAAGCGGUGCUCCAAGAAGGGCCUGGGCCGCUCCAUCAUGAGGCGCAUAACCGAGAUCCCGGAGACGGUCAGCAGGCAGUGCUCCAAGGACGACAAGGAGGCCGCGGACCACGGCGCGGCCAGGAGCUCCGCGCUCCUGAGGAGGCACCCCCCCGAGCCUUCAGCCAACGCUGGGAAGCCCAAGGAGGAGUCCCUGAAAAGCCGAGUCUUCUCCCUGAAGAAGUCCCACAGCACCUACGACCAUGUGAGGGACCAGCCCGACGAGUCCGACAGCCUCCCCACCGAGAGCCAAGAGGAGGAAGCCACGGAAAACUCCACGCUGGAGUCCCCGUCGGGUAAAAAAUUAACACAGACACUGAAAGAAAACAGCGAGGCCGAGUCCACGGAGUCUGUGCCUUUGGUGUGUAAGUCAGCGAGCGCUCACAAUCUCAGCUCAGAGAAGAAGCCCGGGCACCCACGAACGUCCAUGUUACAAAAGUCGCUCAGUGUCAUAGCCAGUGCCAAGGAGAAGACUCUGGGGUUAGCUGGGAAAACCCAAACGUCGGGUAUGGAAGAACGCGCUAAAUCCCAGAAACCUCUGCCAAAAGAUAAAGAGACAAGCAGAAAAUACUCAAAUUCAGAUAACGCAGAGACUAAAGAUUCUGUCCCCCCAAACUCCAAUCAUUUGGAGGAGCCAAGGAAACCUCAGAAGUCUGGGAUUAUGAAGCAGCAAAGGCCCAACCCCGCCACUGCCAAUCCAGACAUGAGCCCGGGCACCACCCAGAUGAAGGACAACUGUGACAUAGGGGAAGUGUGCCCUUGGGAGAUUUAUGACCUGACCCCUGGUCCUGUGCCUUCAGAAUCAAAAGUUCAAAAGCAUGUAUCUAUUGUGGCUUCGGAAAUGGAGAAAAACCCAGCCUUGUCCUUAAAGGAGCGAUCUCAUUACAAGCCUAAGGCGGCUGAACUAUGUCAGCAAUCCAACCAGAAGAGCAUAGACAAGGCUGAGGUCUGCCCUUGGGAAAGCCACGGUCAGCCCCUUUUUGAAGAGGAGAAGCAUUUGAUUUCCAAGACUCAGGCUCCCCCAGGGAGAGCAAAAGAUGAGAAUGGCAGUCAGCUUUGUGCAGCCAGUAUGUGUGCUGGGCAAUAUGAAGAACUGUCCCCCAAAGUCAUAGCAUCCACAGUAGAAAAUGAAAAUCUCAACCUAAUAGGAGACCAGGAAACAAAGACAUCUUCCUAUAAGUCAAAUAAUAACUGUCAGCAGCCUUUAACAUCACGAGCUGAGGUGUGUCCCUGGGAGUUUGAGACCCCAGAUCAACCAAAUGCCAAAAAUGGUGUAGCUUUACCUGCCUCUUCGACUUUAAAUGCGAAUAAAAUACCAGGGCCUCGGAAAUAA